CCGAGCGCACAGCAGCCCCAUUGUAAUCAAACAAUAUACACUUGCAGCCAGCUACAAAAAUAAAAGGCAAACUCAACAAAGUUGGGCAAAGAUUUAGUUCGGAACGGAAACAAAGCUCGACAAGUGCAAAUAAUUAAAAGCAACUAACUAAAGUGCACGCUCUCAAGUUUCGAUUUCAUUACAUUGCAAAAACUUGGCCAAACUAAAAAUGAGCCAAUUACCCCCCACUAAUAACAAUAAGCUAGCUAAACAAACAAAUGGUAAUGGUAAAGCUAACAUUUUGGAAGAUAAGCUCGAUCCCAAGGUUUCGAUCGACAUGGAGGCCCCCGAGUUCAAAGAUUUUGCCAAGACAAUGGUGGAUUUCAUAGCCGAAUAUCUGGAGAACAUACGCGAAAGGCGCGUUCUGCCGGAAGUGAAGCCCGGAUACUUGAAGCCCUUGAUUCCGGACGAGGCACCUGAGAAGCCGGAGAAGUGGCAGGAUGUGAUGCAGGACAUCGAGCGGGUGAUCAUGCCGGGAGUGACCCACUGGCACAGUCCCAAGUUCCAUGCCUACUUCCCCACCGCCAAUUCGUAUCCAGCAAUCGUGGCCGAUAUGCUGAGUGGUGCGAUUGCCUGCAUUGGAUUCACUUGGAUCGCCAGUCCGGCCUGCACGGAAUUGGAAGUGGUCAUGAUGGAUUGGCUGGGCAAGAUGCUGGACUUGCCGGCGGAAUUCCUCGCCUGUUCGGGUGGCAAAGGAGGCGGUGUCAUCCAGGGAACGGCCAGUGAGUCCACUUUGGUGGCUCUGCUGGGAGCCAAGGCCAAGAAGCUGAAGGAAGUGAAGGAGCUGCAUCCGGAGUGGGAUGACCACACCAUCCUGGGCAAGCUGGUGGGCUACUGCUCCGACCAGUCUCACUCCUCCGUGGAGCGUGCCGGUCUUCUGGGAGGCGUUAAGCUGCGUUCCGUGCCCUCGGAGAAUCACAGGAUGCGUGGCGAGGCAUUGGAAAAGGCCAUCCAACAGGAUCUGGCCGAGGGUUUGAUUCCCUUCUAUGCUGUGGUUACCCUGGGCACCACCAACUCCUGUGCCUUCGAUUACUUGGAUGAGUGCGGUCCCGUGGGCAAAAAGCACAAUGUGUGGAUCCAUGUGGACGCCGCCUACGCAGGAUCCGCUUUCAUCUGUCCGGAGUACCGAUAUCUGAUGAAGGGCAUUGAGUCGGCUGAUUCGUUCAACUUCAACCCACACAAAUGGAUGCUGGUGAACUUUGACUGCUCGGCCAUGUGGCUGAAGGAUCCCAGUUGGGUGGUGAAUGCCUUCAACGUGGAUCCCCUCUACCUCAAGCACGACAUGCAGGGCUCGGCUCCCGAUUACCGCCACUGGCAAAUCCCACUGGGUCGUCGUUUCCGCGCCCUGAAACUCUGGUUCGUCCUGCGGCUCUACGGCGUGGAGAACCUGCAGGCCCACAUCCGCAGGCAUUGCAACUUUGCCAAGCAAUUCGGUGAUCUCUGUGUGGGGGACUCCAGAUUCGAACUGGCCGCCGAGGUUAAUAUGGGAUUGGUGUGCUUCCGAUUGAAGGGCAACAAUGAGCGGAACGAGGCUCUCCUGAAGCGAAUCAAUGGACGUGGCAACAUCCACAUGGUUCCGGCGAAGAUCAAGGACGUGUACUUCCUGCGCAUGGCCGUCUGCUCACGUUUCACUCAGUCCGAGGACAUGGAAUACUCAUGGAAGGAAGUCAGUGCUGCUGCCGAUGAAAUGGAACAGGAGCAGUAAGGUGGUUUAGCAGUUCUGUUUCGGGUUUGAUCUUUAAAUAGAUACAUUUUAUGAUACAAAAGAUAUCUAAAAGCGGACCAAUUUACUAAGGAUUGUGUGAAAUUUAAAACCGGAACAGAUCUAAAACCAUUCUCCAUUUGCGACAUGUUUAGGGAAUUUACAUCGCAAUAAAAUAUAGCUUCCAUUGCUAUAUUUACUAGUAUUUUAGUGUCCUAUCAUCGUAUCGUUGAUGUUGUUAAUGCUUUUAUUGUUAACGCUUUACGCAUAAUUAAAACAUAUGUAUUCUGCUUAAAAAUACAACAAAAUAUUACUAUAAAUUUUGACUA